AUGAAUAAUCUUAAAAAAAUCUCCAAUUUUACACUACCAAGACACAGAAAGACUGAACCAACGUUAUUGUGGUGGACUAAACCUUCGAUUCAAUAUUCUACUGUUAAGUUAGACUCACAACCUUUUCCAGUGCUUAAUAUCACUCUGCCAUCACAUGUAACAAUCGAUUGCAAAUUUUAUACAAAAGAUGAUGAUACACUUACUUUCUUAGCUGAUUUUUCUGCCAAUCUUGAAUUGUUCAACGAUGGAAGUUAUAAAUUUACUCCUACUGAAAAUAUGAUUAAUUCUAGUGGUCUGUUGCUCCUUUCUUGGAAUAAUAUUCCUGGAAAUGGCAUAAGUGUUAUUGGAUUUUGUGAAGAAUUAGUUGAUAUCAAAAAUAAUUAUCCGGGUCAAGCUAACCUCCAAAAUUACAUAGAUUAUCUCCAAUAUAACUUUGUAUAUAUUCAAGAAAACAAGAAAAAUUACUUAAUUCGUGAUUGGACAAAUUAUUUAGGUUUUCCUAAUCAUCAUAUUUCACUUCGUAUUCCAGAACCAAUAGCUUCAGCACCUAUAGUAGGAUACAAUCGGACCACAGUAUCCAUUGUACCAUAUGGUUAUACAAAUAGAUAUUUUGAAACUGUUGAAACAGAAAAAAGAUUUGAAACUGUCUUAAGCAAUGUUGGUCCACUUGGAGGUACAAUUAGCAUACUGUUAGGAAUUUAUGCUAUUUAUUUGCUUUUGAAAAAUUUACCAGUGAUUCCUUUGACCGAGAAAACCCAUUUACAUUAUGAAAGGUCUAAAGAUCCAAAUAUCUCGGAAAUUGAAGAUCCAAAUAUUUCAGAAAUUAAAAAAGACCUUGCCUCUCUUACCACAAGAUUUCAUUCUUUGGAAACAAUUCUAAGAGAGUACGUUAUAAAUUCGGAUUUCCUUGAUGAAUUGGAGACUGGAAAAACGAGGUUAGUAUUGAUGAGAAAAAAUUACUUAAUUCGUGAUUGGACAAAUUAUUUAGGUUUUCCUAAUCAUCAUAUUUCACUUCGUAUUCCAGAACCAAUAGCUUCAGCACCUAUAGUAGGAUACAAUCGGACCACAGUAUCCAUUGUACCAUAUGGUUAUACAAAUAGAUAUUUUGAAACUGUUGAAACAGAAAAAAGAUUUGAAACUGUCUUAAGCAAUGUUGGUCCACUUGGAGGUACAAUUAGCAUACUGUUAGGAAUUUAUGCUAUUUAUUUGCUUUUGAAAAAUUUACCAGUGAUUCCUUUGACCGAGAAAACCCAUUUACAUUAUGAAAGGUCUAAAGAUCCAAAUAUCUCGGAAAUUGAAGAUCCAAAUAUUUCAGAAAUUAAAAAAGACCUUGCCUCUCUUACCACAAGAUUUCAUUCUUUGGAAACAAUUCUAAGAGAGUACGUUAUAAAUUCGGAUUUCCUUGAUGAAUUGGAGACUGGAAAAACGAGCAAUCUUGCUCAGUCUCAGCGAUAA